UUGUGACGCGCCGCCGGAGGCAGGCCGGGCCCUCAAGAUGGCGGCGGGCGCCAGGAGCGGCUCGGCCCGGCAGUAGUAGUGGGACGGCACUAGCCGCUGGGGCCGGCCGCCCCGGGAGUGGCUGCAGCAGCGCCAGGAAUCGAGGAUGGUAAAAUGACCCAGGGGAAGAAGAAGAAACGGGCCGCGAACCGCAGUAUUAUGCUGGCCAAGAAGAUCAUCAUUAAGGACGGAGGCACGCCUCAAGGAAUAGGUUCUCCUAGUGUUUAUCAUGCGGUUAUCGUCAUCUUUUUGGAGUUUUUUGCUUGGGGACUAUUGACAGCACCCACCUUGGUGGUAUUACAUGAAACCUUCCCUAAACAUACAUUUCUGAUGAAUGGCUUAAUUCAAGGAGUAAAGGGUUUGUUGUCAUUCCUUAGUGCCCCGCUUAUUGGUGCUCUUUCUGAUGUUUGGGGCCGAAAAUCCUUCUUGCUGCUAACAGUAUUUUUCACAUGUGCCCCAAUUCCUUUAAUGAAGAUCAGCCCAUGGUGGUACUUUGCUGUUAUCUCUGUUUCCGGGGUUUUUGCAGUGACUUUUUCUGUGGUAUUUGCAUACGUAGCAGAUAUAACUCAAGAGCAUGAAAGAAGUAUGGCUUAUGGACUGGUUUCAGCAGCAUUUGCCUGCUGCAGUUUAGUCACCAGUCCUGCAAUUGGAGCUUAUCUUGCAGUAUAUGGGGACAGCUUGGUGGUGGUCUUAACUCUGGCAAUGGCUUUGCUAGAUAUUUGUUUUAUCCUUGUUGCUGUGCCAGAGUCGUUGCCUGAGAAGAUGCGGCCAGCAUCCUGCAGAACACCCAUUUCCUGGGAACAAGCUGACCCUUUUGAGUCACUUAAAAAAGUGGCCAAAGAUUCCAUAGUGCUGCUCAUCUGCAUCACGGUGUUUCUCUCCCACCUACCGGAGGCAGGCCAAUAUUCCAGCUUUUUAUACCUCAGACAGAUAAUGAAAUUUUCACCAGAAAGUGUUGCAGCAUUUAUAGCAGUCCUUGGCAUUCUUUCCAUUGUGCACAGGUGAACCAUAGUCUUGAGUUUACUUAUGAGGUCAAUUGGAAAUAAGAACACCAUUUUAUUGGGUCUAGGAUUUCAAAUAUUACAGUUGGCAUGGUAUGGCUUUGGUUCAGAACCUUGGAUGAUGUGGGCUGCUGGGGCAGUAGCGGCCAUGUCUAGCAUCACCUUUCCUGCCGUCAGUGCACUUGUUUCGCGAACUGCUGAUGCUGAUCAACAGGGUGUUGUUCAAGGAAUGAUAACAGGAAUUCGAGGAUUAUGCAAUGGUCUGGGACCGGCCCUCUAUGGAUUCAUUUUCUACAUAUUCCAUGUGGAACUUAAAGAACUGCCAAUAACAGGAACAGACUUGGGAACAAACACAAGCCCUCAGCACCACUUUGAACAGAAUUCCAUCAUCCCUGGCCCUCCCUUCCUAUUUGGAGCCUGUUCAGUACUGCUGGCUCUGCUUGUUGCCUUGUUUAUUCCGGAACAUACCAAUUUAAGCUUAAGGUCCAGCAGUUGGAGAAAGCACUGUGGCAGUCACAGCCAUCCUCAUAGUACACAAGCGCCAGGAGAGGCCAAAGAACCUUUACUCCAGGACACAAAUGUGUGACGACUGAAAUCAGGAAGAUUUUUCUAUCAGCACCCAGGUCUUAGUUUUCACCUCUAGUUCUGGAUAUACAUUCCAUUUCCAUCCACAGUGUACUUUAAGAUUGUCUUAAGAACUGUAUCUGCAUGAACUCCGUGGGAACUAAAGGAAGUGGGAACUUAAAGAACUGGACAGUUUUCCAAAGAUGUUACAAUUUGUUUUGAAAAACCUUUUGUUUAUUAGCACCAAUUUCUUGCCACUAAGCUGUUUGUUUUAUUAUACAUCCUUUAAUUAAAAACUAUAUAUGUAACUUCUUAGAUAUUAGCAAAUGUCUCUGCUACCAUUUCCUUAAGGUGUUGAGCUUUAACUAUGCUGACUCAGUGAGACAGAGUAGGUAGUAUGGUUGUGGACCUAUUUGUUUUAACAUUGUAAAAUUUUGAGUCAGAUUUUAAUAUUGUAAAAUCUUGGGUCAAAUAAUUCAAAGCCUUAAUGCAGAUGCACUAAAACAAAGAAAUGGUAAAUGAAUUGUUUGCAUUUAAAAAAAACUCUUAAGAAAACUGUACUAAAUCUGAAUCAUGUUUCAAGCUUGUUUGCAGUACUUUUAAACAUUAUUCACUACUGUUUUUGAAGUGAGAAAGUAUCAGCCAUUUAGAAUUUAAAUUGGGGUGUUUAGAGCCUGUAAAUCUAAAUGCUGGCUCAAAUUUGUUCCCCAGCUACUUCUUAUACCACUAUUCUUUUAAUGUUUGCAUAAUCAUAAGCACCUCAACACUUGAAUACAUAAUCUAAAAAUUAUAUAGUAAAGCUGGUAGCCUUGAAAAUGUCAAUGUGAUAUCUAUAUGUAGAUAAAUAUAUAUAGUGGCCUUUCAGGACUGUCACAGUAACACUUUAUUUACAGAGCUAAUGUUUGUCCUAAAUUUUCAGGACCCUAGAGGAGAGCUUUAUACAAUUACUGAUGUGAAUUUCUCUAAAGUGUAUAUUUUUGUGUCCAGUUAUAUUAUUUAAAAAAGUGUUACUUUGUAAAAAUUGUAUAUAAAGUACUGUAUAGUUUACACUGUUUUCAUCUUGUGUGUGGUUAUUGCUUAAUGCUUUUUAAACUUGGAACACUCACUAUGGUUAAAUAAGGUCUUAAAAGAAAUGUAAAUAUUCUGUUAAUAAAGUUAAAUAUUUUAAUGAUUUUUUUUUUAAAAAAAA